CCAGCUGGGCGGCUUCUGGAGCUCCGCAUCCUCUCAACGUGGGGGGACGACCACUACGUGGGGCUGUCAGGCAUCGAGAUCUUCGACGGCAGGGGCCAGCUGCUCGCCUUCCAGGAUCCCACCGCAAACAUCCGAGCUGAGCCAGCAGACAUCAACUGCCUGCCCGGCUAUCACUCGGAUCCCCGCACAGUUGACAACCUGCUGGACGGGGUCAACGGCACCUGCGAUGACCUGCAUCAGUGGCUCGCGCCGUUCAAGGCGGGGGAGGCGAACCUGAUUUUCAUCGACUUGGAGGAGACAACAACGGUCUCGAUGGUCAGGGUGUGGAACUACAACAAGUCUCGUAUCCAUGCCGCGCGCGGUGCUCGGCAGGUCGAGCUCUACCUGGACAGCACCAUGCUGUUCAUGGGCGAGAUACGUCCAGCUCCCGGCAACCUUGCAGACGCCGAGGAGCACGCAGAGAUUUUACUCUUCACACAAGAUCCUAACCUACUCCAUGCCAUUGCUACCAGCAUGGACAACCAGAGGCCCUCGACCCCCGGAGACGAUCAGCAGAAGAUGUCGAUGGAGGAGGAGCAGACUGAGCUGAGGCCUGAGGCGAGCAGGACAGCAGCGAGCGGGAGAAAUAUGUCAGCGCUCGUUACCCAGAUCGCUAUCUCUAUCCUUGACACGUGGGGAGACUCUUGCUAUGCCGGGCUGACUGGAAUCGAAAUCAUAUCUGAGAAUGGAGAGAAGAUUGCCCUGAAAGACGAUCAGAUCUUCGCCAACCCCCGCGACCUCAACGACAUCCCGGGCAGCCAUGCCGACCCUCGCACCAAGGACAAGCUCAUCGACGGGCACAACGUGACCUCCGACGACCAUCACAUGUGGCUCAUCCCCUUCACCCCCGGCGCCUCCCACCUCCUCCAAUUUGACCUUCUCGCCCCCACCAGCGUCGCAGCCGUCAGGCUAUGGAACUACAACAAGAGCGCCGAGGACGCAACCCGGGGAGCCAAGAGGGUUCUCCUCAUGCUCGACGGCCGACUCGUCUCCCCGGACUGCGGCUUCGUCCUGCGCAAGGCUCCCGGACACGCCAUGUUCGACUUCGGGCAGACCAUUACCAUGGAGGAGGCGCUCACUCAGACGCGCUGGUCCCUUCCUCGCAGCCUCAACGAGUCUCCCAAGUCCCUCGCUCAGAGCCUCGCUCGCCUGCAUCCCAUGUGCGACGCCCCCUGCCUUCCCCGCGGGCUGACGGUGAGCUUCGUGCUGGCAGCCAGCCAUGGCGACCUCUACUACAUCGGCCUCAACGGCAUCAAGCUGUUCGAUGAGCUCGGCAACGAGAUCAACCUGCAGCCCAAGCAGAUCGUGGCGGUUCCCGGCAGUAUCAACGAGCUGCCGGAGGUGAGGGAGAGAGGAGGAGGAGAUUGCCGCACACCCGACAAGCUAGUGGACGGGGUCAACGACACGUGGGACGCACAGCAUCUGUGGUUGGCUCCUCUAGCGAAGGAGGGGACGAACAGGAUCUUUGUGCUCUUCGACGCACCUGUAACUCUCUCCAUGAUUCAGAUCUGGAACUACUCGAGAACUCCGUCCCGAGGGGUCUCCGAAGUUCACGUCGCUGUCGACGGCCUC